UGAGUGCGUGUUCCUGUAGGGGACGGAUUAUUGUGCGGACAAGUUGCACACAUGCUUGUUGCUGUCAAUGAAUGUCACUUUGCCUGGCAGGGAUGCGGUGUAGAGCUGUGAUGGCGGGGAUCUGCGGCCUGAGGGCUAUACGGGGCAGGUUUUAUACUGUGUCUGCAGCCACUAAACUAGCCAAUGGUGAGAUCUCUCUGAGACGCUCCGCGCUGUUUGAUAAAGAAAAGGAGAGGCAGCUAUCGCUGAGUCCUCUCACUGAGAAGAUAGAGGUGAGGUUUGUUGGGAAGGCCAAUCCAGGGACUACUUUUGUGGUGAACAAGGGGAUCUCCACUCCAUACAACUGUGCAAUGCAUCUCAGUGAAUGGUACGUUGCGAAGGCUGCGCUCGCCCUGGUGGACGGUGAGGUUUGGGAUAUGUAUAAACCUCUCACUAAAUCCUGUAAUAUCCAGUUUCUUACCUUCAAAGACGAAGAUCCAGAAGAAGUCAAUAAGGCAUAUUGGCGUUCCUGUGCCGCAAUACUGGGACAUGUGUUAGAACAGGCUUUCAAAGAGGAUUACAUGGUGAAUCUUGUCAGAGCUCCAGAGAUACCAGUGAUCUCUGGAGCGUUCUGCUAUGACGUGGUGUUGGACCCAAAGCUAGACGAUUGGAAGCCGACAAAGGAGAAUCUGCAUUCUUUCACAAGGGACGCACUUAAACUGAUCAGCAAAGAUCUGCCUUUCGAGUGUCUGGAAGUAGAAGAAAAAGUCGCCAGAGACAUAUUUCAGCACAAUCCGUACAAACUAAUGUGUCUGGAGGAGAAGGCAGCUGUGCAUCCUGAAGGAAAAGUAACUCUCUACAGAUUUGGUGAAUUUGUGGAUCUCGCUGAAGGUCCUCACAUACCCAGAACAAGUUUCUGUAUGCAGUAUGAGGUCACAGCAGCACACACCAUCGUUCAUAUCAAUACAGAACAUGUUAGACGGUUUCAGGGCCUCUCUUUACCGUGGCAAUUCAAGGCUCAUCACACAGUCUGGAAUAAACUGAGAACGAGAGCCCAAAAGCUGGUCACAGAGAAGCAGAAUACACAGCCCGAGCCUGCUGAAUAACUCAGAUAACACUUUGUUUUCUCCUAUUUUUUUUUAUACUUUUUUUUUUUGUUCAGAAAAUAAACUUUUUUCCACCGUC